CGCCAGCAUGCCCGGCGUGGCCCGCCCGCCGCUGCCGCUGCUGCUCUGGCUGCUCCUGCUCGCGCGCCCGGGCCGGCAGCUCGACUUGGCCGACUACACCUAUGACCUGGGGGAGGAGGACGACGCGGAGCCCCUCAACUACAAAGACCCCUGCAAGGCGGCUGCCUUCCUUGGGGACAUCGCCCUUGAUGAGGAGGACUUGAGGGCCUUCCAGGUGCAGCAGGCUGCGGAUCUCGGACAGCGUGCCACCAGCAGGUCUUCCAUCAAAGCUGCAGGAAACUCUUCCACCCUCAACUGUCAGAGCACUAGUGGGCAGCCGCAGAGGAAAAGUCACGGGAGAUGGAGAAGCAGGUCCCGGAGCCGGAGGGCAGCAACGUCUAGACCAGAGCGCGUGUGGCCCGAUGGGGUCAUCCCCUUUGUCAUUGGAGGAAACUUCACUGGCAGCCAGAGGGCAGUCUUCCGGCAGGCCAUGAGGCACUGGGAGAAGCACACCUGUGUCACCUUCCUGGAGCGCACAGAUGAGGACAGCUAUAUCGUGUUCACCUAUCGACCCUGCGGGUGCUGCUCCUACGUGGGCCGCCGUGGUGGGGGCCCCCAGGCCAUCUCCAUCGGCAAGAACUGUGACAAGUUCGGCAUCGUGGUCCAUGAACUGGGUCAUGUCAUCGGCUUCUGGCACGAACACACGCGGCCUGACCGAGACCGCCACGUCUCCAUCGUGCGCGAGAACAUCCAGCCAGGGCAGGAGUAUAACUUCCUGAAGAUGGAGGUCCAGGAGGUGGAAUCCCUGGGGGAGACCUAUGAUUUUGACAGUAUCAUGCACUAUGCCCGGAACACAUUCUCCAGGGGCAUCUUCCUGGACACCAUCGUUCCCAAGUACGAGGUGAAUGGGGUGAAGCCUCCCAUCGGCCAGAGGACCCGGCUCAGCAAGGGGGACAUUGCCCAGGCCCGCAAGCUCUACAAGUGCCCAGCUUGCGGAGAGACCCUACAAGAUAGCACGGGCAACUUCUCCUCCCCCGAGUACCCCAACGGCUACUCCGCCCACAUGCACUGCGUAUGGCGCAUCUCAGUCACACCUGGGGAGAAGAUCAUCCUGAACUUCACGUCCAUGGACCUGUACCGCAGCCGCCUGUGCUGGUACGACUACGUGGAGGUCCGAGACGGCUUCUGGAGGAAGGCGCCCCUCCGAGGCCGCUUCUGCGGGGGCAAACUCCCGGAGCCCAUUGUCUCCACCGACAGCCGCCUCUGGGUUGAAUUCCGCAGCAGCAGCAACUGGGUCGGGAAAGGCUUCUUUGCGGUCUAUGAAGCCAUCUGUGGGGGAGAUGUGAAAAAGGACAACGGCCACAUCCAGUCGCCCAAUUACCCAGACGACUACCGGCCCAGCAAAGUCUGCAUCUGGAGGAUCCAGGUGUCCGAGGGCUUCCAUGUGGGCCUCACCUUCCAGUCCUUUGAGGUGGGUCAGAGACCCCCCAGGACGGCCCACCUCCUGCGGGCUUCCGGGGCUUGGGUCUGGGCCGCCAGGCCUCCUCCUGCUGACGGAGCCCCCGACCCCCAGAUUGAGCGCCAUGACAGCUGCGCCUAUGACUAUCUGGAAGUGCGCGACGGACACAGCGAGAGCAGCACCCUCAUCGGGCGCUACUGCGGCUAUGAGAAGCCGGACGACAUCAAGAGCACGUCCAGCCGCCUCUGGCUCAAGUUCGUCUCUGAUGGGUCCAUUAACAAAGCUGGCUUCGCCGUCAACUUUUUCAAAGAGGUGGACGAGUGCUCUCGGCCCAACCGCGGGGGCUGUGAGCAGCGGUGUCUCAACACCCUGGGCAGUUACAAGUGCAGCUGCGACCCUGGGUAUGAGCUGGCCCCUGACAAGCGCCGCUGCGAGGCUGCCUGUGGUGGAUUCCUCACCAAGCUCAAUGGCUCCAUCACUAGCCCGGGCUGGCCCAAGGAGUACCCCCCUAACAAAAACUGCAUCUGGCAGCUGGUGGCGCCCACCCAGUACCGCAUCUCCCUGCAGUUUGACUUCUUCGAGACCGAGGGCAAUGAUGUGUGCAAGUACGACUUCGUGGAGGUGCGCAGCGGACUCACGGCCGACUCCAAGCUGCACGGCAAGUUCUGUGGCUCCGAGAAGCCCGAGGUCAUCACCUCCCAGUACAACAACAUGCGUGUGGAGUUCAAGUCCGACAACACAGUCUCCAAAAAGGGCUUCAAGGCCCACUUCUUCUCAGACAAGGACGAGUGCUCCAAGGAUAACGGCGGCUGCCAGCAAGACUGCGUCAACACCUUCGGCAGCUACGAGUGUCAGUGUCGCAGCGGCUUUGUCCUCCACGACAACAAGCACGACUGCAAGGAAGCCGGCUGUGACCACAAGGUGACAUCCACCAGCGGCACCAUCACCAGCCCCAACUGGCCUGACAAAUACCCCAGCAAGAAGGAGUGUACCUGGGCCAUCUCUAGCACCCCCGGGCACCGGGUCAAGCUGACCUUCAUGGAGAUGGACAUCGAGUCCCAGCCUGAGUGUGCCUACGACCACCUGGAGGUGUACGACGGGCGUGACGCCAAGGCCCCCGUCCUGGGCCGCUUCUGCGGGAGCAAGAAGCCCGAGCCCGUCCUGGCCACGGGCAGCCGCAUGUUCCUGCGCUUCUACUCUGACAACUCCGUGCAGAGGAAGGGCUUCCAGGCGUCCCACUCCACAGAGUGUGGAGGCCAGGUGCAGGCAGAGGUGAAGACCAAGGACCUUUACUCCCACGCCCAGUUUGGCGAUAACAACUACCCCGGGGGCGUGGACUGCGAGUGGGUCAUCGUGGCCGAGGAAGGCUAUGGCGUGGAGCUGGUGUUCCAGACCUUCGAGGUGGAGGAGGAGGCCGACUGCGGCUACGAUUACAUGGAGCUCUUCGACGGCUACGACAGCACGGCCCCCAGACUGGGGCGCUACUGCGGCUCCGGGCCUCCCGAGGAGGUGUACUCGGCGGGAGAUUCUGUCCUGGUGAAAUUCCACUCAGAUGACACCAUUACCAAAAAAGGCUUCCACCUGCGAUACACCAGCACGAAGUUCCAGGACACGCUGCACAGCAGGAAGUGACCACUGCCCUCACACGGCGGGGACGGGAGGCCCGCUGCCCUCAGUCAACUGAGCCGGACAGCGGGGGCUGGGCAGAAGGCGGGACCCCGUCCCCGUCCCCCAGGUGCCAGGACCUGCGGGCCAAUGGUCCAGGUGAGGCAGGGCGCCGGACUCCUACAUGAGCCACUGCCCCACGAUCCCUUCCUCCCUUGCCCCCGCCAGGAGUGAAGGGCCAGGGCCAGGGAGCCAGAGCUUUCCCUGAGACACUUGAAGUGGCCAUUCCUCUCUGGGGGCCCAGCCCGGUGGGAGAGGGUCUGUCACCGGGACCCGCCCACCUUCCCUGCCCGUCUCUACACGCUGUAUUGUGUAUGGCCGGUGGCAUAUCUUCAUUGUAAUGUACAUUUCCCACCCCUUCUCCAACCCCGAUUUGGUUUUAUUUUAAGCCUCCACUUCCCCCUGUUUCCUGGGGCGUGAGUUUCCGUACAUGUCCCACAGGAGCCAGGGUGGGAGGAUGAAGGGGAGGGAGUGGGGCAGCAAGACAGGGCUUCUCUCAGGCCCAGUGGCUGGUCGGCCACACCAGGGCACCCCAGCCAAUAAACCGAAAGUGUUACAGCCAG